AUGGCUGGCCGUAGUCGAACACGCGACGAUCCAAUCGGCUUCUCGCUGCACAGCACAGACUCUGACAGCUCUUCCCCAGCAGCGCCCUGGGCAAACAGCAUAUGGAACAAGAAGCCGCUGCGCAUUGGACUUGGCUCGGCAACCAGAGACAACUCGCAAUCUCGAGACAGCAAGACCUACAUGAGCGCCACCUCUGAUCUCACAAAGGGCAAGACUGGAUCCGGCUCUCUCGUACCUUCCUCCGACACAGAAUGGAGACCCAGUCGUUCUUCGUGGGGCGACAAUUCCACAGCCAACAUGUCCCAUGUCAGGAGUUCUGGCGUGUCGCCUGCACGGAAGCGAUCCGUCGCACAAGCGCAACCGUUGCAACAUUACACAGAGAGCUCGACAACGUCUUUCUUCUCAGCACCGAGAUCGUCACAAAUGGGCCAGACUUCGUCGAAACCACUACUUGACCCUACGUCUACAAACUUCACCUCUUCUCGCCAGAUGGAUUCCUUGAACAGUGGCUUCGCAGGUUUCAGGUUCGGACAAGCCGACGCUCACCAGCAGCGCUCUGACUCUGCUGCAAACCCAUGGCCAGACGCAACGCCAAUACGGUCCCCAAGCGAUGGCCGAGGAAGCACAGCAGGCUCCGAGUACUUUGGCCCUUCCAGUGGUACACCAUCGCGAAACGGCAGUCUACCGCCUUCCAGGCAUGGGGUGGAGCCACCACAUUACACCUCUCAGAUCGACACGUUUUCACGACCCACCCAAUUGGGCGCGCGGCAAACGUCGUCCUUCUCCCAUCCCAACGGUCGCCCCUUUCAAGAACGUAGCGGCUCGAUACAAAGCGACUUCGGUCGCUUCACUCUGGCUCAAGGACAGGGAGCGCGUGUAACAACGCACAGGUCUUCGCUCAGUACCAACGAUCCUCCUCCUGGCUUCGAGGGUGCUGAGGAACACCAUGAGGUGCCUCGCGAGCACUACGCCACUACACAACUUUCUAUGGGUAUCGAGGCGACUGGCCAUAAAAGUGCAGGUACCUACACACCCGACAGCUACAUCAACGGUCAGGCCAGCGAUCCUAACAUCUACUUCCGCCCAUUCCAAUUGGAUAGCCGCAGUGCGCCAAACGGCACUGGUGCUCGCCAAAGUCCGUUCUUUUCACAUAUCAACACUCCUCCAGUCUACGACCACCUCAAUCCUGCUUAUCUUACCGAGCAAACUCUUGCUCAUCCAAACAACCUCGCGCUUGUACAGAACAAGCUCGCUGGCUACCAGGUUCAGCAAGAAGGACUCAAUUUCAUACCUCCGAAUCAGUUCCACCAGCAACAAUUCCAACAAAUUAUGUCAGCGAACCAUAUGCGAAAUCCCUACGCCUACCAGUUCGCCGUCCAGAAUGGGAUGCCUAUGACCGCGCUACCUCCGCAUAUGACUAUGGCUCCGGGGCCACCCUUGAUGGCUUUGACAGCACCGCUCCGGGGUCCUCGAGAACAUCAAUUCGGUGACGGUGUGGGUACGAUGAGUGCACUGUUGGCAAGGUUCAAAUCAGAGAGCAAGCAGAACAAGAGAUGGGAGCUAAUGGAUAUCUACACUAAUGUAGUGGAAUUUGCUGGAGAUCAACACGGCUCUCGCUUCAUCCAACAAAAGCUCGAAACAGCCAAUAGCGACGUCAAAGACCAUGUCUUCAAAGAAUUGGAAGCAAAUGCUUUACCGCUUAUGCAGGAUGUGUUUGGGAACUAUGUCAUCCAAAAGUUUUUCGAACACGGCGACCAAACACAGAAAAAGAUUCUAGCUGGAAAGAUGAAGGGACAUGUUUUGGCGCUGGCAAAUCAAAUGUAUGCUUGUCGCGUAGUCCAAAAGGCUCUCGAACACGUCUUGGUCGAUCAGCAGGCAGCCAUAGUGAAGGAGCUGGAGAAGGAUGUUCUGAAGACUGUCAAGGAUCAAAAUGGCAACCACGUCAUUCAAAAAGCCAUUGAUAGAGUACCGCACGAGCACAUUCAAAACGUCAUCAAGGCAUUCCGGGGCAACAUUGGCGUAUUGUCUAUGAAUGCCUACGGCUGUCGCGUUGUCCAGCGACUUUUGGAAAAGGUCCCUGAGCCCCAACGAAGGUUCAUCAUGACGGAGUUACACGUAGAAGGACCUAAACUCAUCACGGACAAUUACGGUAACUACGUUGUACAGCAUGUCAUCGAACACGGCUUGGAGGAGGAUCGGGCGAAACUGGUCUCUCUGAUCAAGGCGCAGUUUCUCAUGUUCUCUAAGCAUAAGUUUGCGAGCAACGUGGUGGAGCGUUGCUUAGUGUGCGGCUCCGAUGGGCAACGCGCCGAACUCGUAUCGACAGUCACUGCAAAGAAUGGCCGCGGCGAGUCUAACAUCUUGAACCUGCUCAAAGAUGGGUUUGGCAACUAUGUCAUUCAAAAGUUACUCGAAACCCUCAGCCGCAACGACUACGACAGAUUUGUUGUCGCGCUCAAACCUGAGUUGGAGAAGGCAAAGAACAUGAUUUCCGGCAAGCAGAUCAUUUCAGUCGAGAAGAAGAUGUAUCGCUACGAUCGCAUUGACUCACCCACAAUGCCACGCGAGCCAACUGAUGUGCCGCCCACACCUCCACUCUCCAGCUCUGCACAGUCCCCGCAAACCAGUUCUCUCCCGAGCACCAACGUCUCUACUGUCGACGGACCCAUAAACAUGUCGCUAUCGGAUAGAAAGGAUGACUUCAUUGUCCUUACCAGUUGCAGCACCGAAGAAAACGCCUCUUAG